UACCGCCAGAGCCUCCAAGAGCCCUAGCGGACGCGCAGUGGACGCUGGCCGGCCGCACCAUGAGACUCCUCCCCCGCCUGCUGCUGCUGUUCCUCCUGGCCUUCCCCGCCGCCGUGCUGCUCCGAGGCGGCCCCGGAGGGUCAUUAGCCAUGGCUCAAGAUCUUACAGAAGAUGAAGAAACAGUGGAAGAUUCAAUAAUUGAAGAUGAAGAUGAUGAAGCUGAAGUAGAAGAAGAUGAACCCACAGAUUUGGCAGAAGAUAAAGAAGAAGAAGAUGUGUCUAGUGAACCAGAAGCUUCACCGAGUGCAGACACAACUAUUCUAUUUGUAAAAGGAGAAGAUUUUCCAGCAAACAACAUCGUGAAGUUCCUGGUGGGCUUUACAAACAAGGGGACAGAAGAUUUUAUUGUUGAAUCGCUAGAUGCCUCAUUCCGUUAUCCUCAGGACUAUCAGUUUUACAUCCAGAAUUUCACAGCUCUUCCUCUAAACACUAUAGUGCCACCCCAGAGACAGGCGACUUUUGAGUAUUCCUUCAUUCCUGCAGAGCCUAUGGGGGGACGGCCCUUUGGCCUGGUCAUCAAUCUGAACUACAAAGAUUUGAACGGCAAUGUAUUCCAGGAUGCUGUCUUCAAUCAGACGGUCACAGUUAUUGAAAGAGAGGACGGGUUAGAUGGAGAAACAAUUUUUAUGUAUAUGUUCCUUGCUGGUCUUGGGCUUCUAGUUGUUGUUGGCCUUCAUCAACUCCUCGAAUCUAGAAAGCGCAAGAGACCCAUACAGAAAGUAGAAAUGGGCACCUCGAGUCAAAAUGAUGUCGACAUGAGUUGGAUUCCUCAGGAAACUUUGAAUCAGAUCAAUAAAGCUUCUCCGAGAAGGCUGCCCAGGAAGCGGGCGCAGAAGAGAUCGGUGGGAUCUGAUGAGUAAAUGUUGUUUGUGCAUCAGUCCAGUCUGAGCUUCCCCUGCUCUAUGUUCCCGGCCUCCUGGGACUUAGUGCAGAGAAGCCAUGUCACCAUAGACGGCACUUCUGCUUAUGUGUGGACUGAGCAGUCGGAGUCGUGGCCAUAAGAUUGCUGAAAUGCACUGCAUUUGUUUUCUAAAGUAACACAUUUGGGUUUUUUAAAACCAUUAAACUGUGGGUGUGGAUGUCUGUGAGCAGUUGUCUUACCAGAGUCAUUGUUAAACUACCUGAAAUACGCCUUUAGAAUGCUCAGCAAAACGCUCUUGCCGCUUCCCUGUGAUAAUUCCCAUUUCUGCUCCCAAGUUCAAUUUAUAUUUUUUUCCCAGUGUGGUUUUAGGUGUGAAUUGUUUUGAGGAAAUAAUUUGUUUAUUUCUCGGAAUUGAUCAAAUCCAAUCUGAUGGCACAAACCGGCCUUUUGCUUACUGUCUGGCACAGCUUGUAUUCUAACUGCACAGCAGGGGUGGCAGCUGUGUGAUCAUCAGAGGCAUGGUGGGUAGAUUUGCUGUUGUUUGCUGUGUGCACCCUUCAAGAACUAACCAAUGGAGUCAAAAAAUUUUGGAAUCACUAGCAACAAAAUUGUGAAGCCUGACAGUUCUACUGACACUAGUGUAUAAAUCCUAAUUCUGUGCCUGUUUUUUUUUUUUUCUUUUUCUUAUUUUGUUUGUUUUUUUAACAAAGAAUAGUAUGUCUGUGCAAACUGGGCUGUUGUGUUGUCCAUUGUCCCGUGUGGUCUGAGAGCCUCUGGGGUGACCUCUUUUCUUUACUUGUUUGUUGUUGGCUUUAAGCAGAGCAUUUUGUUCUUAGUAGGAAGAAUCUUUAAAAAAAAUGUCAAACUCUGUAGUCCAAGGGGAUCACAUUUUAGGGGCAGGAAUACAUUUUAAUUAAUUCUAAUCUCCAGAAAUCUUAAUUGGAAAGUUUUAAAGUAGUUACAAGGUUUAUCCUUUGACCCUAUCUUUUGGGGAUUUUGAAUGUUGACCUACUUUUUUUGUCUUUAUUAAUGUGAAAAAUUCCCAAAUUCUAAGCACUUAAGAUUUCAAGACCAAAAUUAAGUUGGGUUUGAUGAAAUGACUUUAGUUACUCCUGCCUGACCUAGUGAGUUACGUUUGGCAUUGUCACACUAGGAAGUAAAGUAAUGUUGAGUGUGACUGAGUAAGAGACUUCCUUCCCUCUGUCUUUGAAGCCAUACUCUCCCUGCGUGUAUCGUAAGGAAGUGGUCACUUCAGUAGCUCUUUUAUUCCUGAUCUUUUUCGUUCUUGUUUUUUUGUGGUCCAAUCCCUUCCACCCACACCUAAAGGAAAGCAACAAAAUAAAACACACACAGAAACAAAAGUUGUAAGCUGUUUAACGUGUAAACCAAAGCCAAUAAUGAUUGAAGGUCUUCUGUGUCUUCUGUAAUUGUUAAUCACUUUGCAAAAGGGGCUGAAAUGUCAAAUUGCCUGUAUUUGCAUUUCUGGACUGUAAACUUUGUAUGCCUGUAAUAUAAUGUGUGUGGUUUUUAAUUGAGCUGUAUAAUCCGUUUAUUUUGAGGCCUGCGGAACUGUAUGGUUUUUUUGACUUGAUGUAAUAUAGGGGACCCUUCUCAUUCUCAAAAAAAAACAUUUUCCAGAACCUUCUCUGAAUAUCUAAAUUUGGUAAGCUACUGUAACAUACUACAGUAAGGUGUAAGUAAUUAAAUCCUUUAAAUGGCCCAUAGAGUUUAACUAAAUACCAAUAAAACAUGAGGAGUUGCAGAAACUA